GCAACAAUGACUAUCGUUACAACGAUUUAUUGUCGUCCGGUAUCUUCUAAGUAAUAAAUAUGAAUGAAUCGAGUUCGUCGAGAAGAAGUAGAAGGACUAGAUCUGCAAGAAGUCCUAUAGACCCUUUUCAUCUUAGAGAUCCAUGACCAGGCUCCCGGGCAUGGAGAGGCGCCUGAAUCCGAGUCACUAUUUGAUGUAAUGUGUGGCUCUGAUAUGUAUGCAAUGACAGAUUCGUUUUGAUUUCGAAUGGGUACUGAAAACGCCAGCACCAUAUCUAUGAUCAUGAACUUUUACUUAUAGUACAAAAUUCCAGAACAUUCGUGUUUAUGAGCCAUGAAGGAAAGUUUUAGUUGAAUAAUUGAUUUUCAAGUACAAUAGCAUGUGCUGGCCUUCCUCUGAAAAUCUGGGUAGAACGUUACUUACGCAGAGGGACCACCACGUUUGGCUCCUUGAGCAAGAACGAAUCCUUGCUCAUGGGGCCAUCGUACUCCUUCCAUCGCCAGCUACGACGGGGCUUCUAGCAUCCUACAGGUCGUGCGUCUUUGUCUUUCGCCCUGAGAAAAGUCACUGUUUGAUCUCUACAGUCAUAAAAGUGGAACUAGUACAUCUACAGGAAGGAUGAUCACGAGUCAUACUUUUUUCGAUAACUAUUAUCUCAUUGUGUUUGUGUAUGUGUUCUAUUUGGACAAUAUGAUUACGAAUAUCUUUAUUCAUCAUGCAACCCAAACUCAUCUACAUUGUAGCAUAGGUAAUGCUGACGGCGAGCGGAAAAUAAUAAGAGCGAUCCGUGGUUCUAUCGCAGCUGUGAUUGGUGUCCGGGAGUUGUCGGUCACACUCUUGCUAGGAGGAGGUGGCUUCUUCGUUGUACCUAAGUUUAUGAAAAUCGCUGCACUCGUUCUUCUUCUCCUCGUUGAGCACUAGAUGCUCAUCGUCGUCGUCGUCGUCGUUCUCGUGUGGCCUAUUUUCAUUGCGUGUUAUGUUCGCCACUUUUUCAGGAACAGGAAAAGGAGCUUCCGACGAAGGUUUCCUCCAUGGCGAUCUAGAUCUUGUUGUUUGGCUGCUUCACCCGCCUUCCUCCUUGGAUUACUUUCCUUCCUUGAUGUCUAUGCCUAAAUAAUGGUCUUUACUCGAAACCUCUACAAAGUGAAAUUACAGUUGUACCUAUGAUUGUUAGGAGGAUGCCUCGUUAUACUUAGUUGUGCUACUCUGAAUUUUUGACAGAUUUCCUCUUAAAUGACUCUAUCUAAUAUUCUUGAUAUGAUUCAUUCCCAAUCACAAUCCCAUUGAAAAAGUGCUAGAAAUGCCUCCUGUGUAUUCUUUCUACUUUCAAAAAUCAAUAUUCAUCCUAUAACAAUAAAAUUUCCCAAGAAGUACAAGUACUAACAGUAGUAGUUUCUAGCUGUAGUUGUUCUUCUUUCUCUUCGCUUUGACACAUAUGUGACUCCACGCAAAACUCAACUGUGAUGUAGCGAUAU